UAAAAAAGUGAUUAUUGCAGAACAAUUAAAUUAUUUACAAACAAUAAAAGCUAUUGUAAUCACAUUAACAAGUAGUAUAAAUAAAGCGAAACGAAAGCAAAAAAAACAAAAAAAUAAAAAUGCUAUUGUUAAUGAAUGCACUAGUAGCCCAAGUAGAACCUGUGCCAAAAAAAUGUUGGAUGAAGCUCCGAUUAAGUACUUUUUGGGAAGAAGAAGUUCCAAAAAGAGAUGCAUCGUUUUUCAAGGAAAACUUCAGAAUGACAAUGGACACUUUUAAAGAGUUAUGCGAUUUGGUCAAAAGUAUGAAAAAACAAAACAGUAACUUUCGCAGACCAAUUCCAUUAGAGAAGAGAGUUGCCAUUGCAGUGUACGCACUUGGCUCAUCCGCGGAGUACAGAACUGUGGGCAACCUUUUCGGAGUGUCCAAAUCAUCUGUAUGCAUAAUCCUUAAAGAAUUUUGCACUGAAGUCUGGAAAAUAAUGCAACCAAUUUAUUUAAACCAGUACCUCUUAAGUGAAGCAACAAUUCGUGAUUGCAUCAAUGGUUUUAAUAUAUUAGGGUUUCCACAAUGCAUUAGUGCUAUAGACGGUUGUCACAUUGAAGUGCGUCCUCGAAAGUCAGAAGCCGUUGAUUAUUACAACUACAAGGGUUGGUAUUCUGUAGUACUUCUGGCAGCUGUAGACUAUAGAUGUCGCUUUAUGUAUAUUAACAUUGGUUGCCCUGGUCGUUGUAACGAUUCUCAAAUAUUUGAGAAAUCUAAAUUGAAACAACAUCAUAUGAAACCGAUGAUGAAAGAAUUUUGUGUUGAAAUAAAUGGCGUGUGCGUGCCUCCACUACUGUUGGGAGAUUCUGCAUUCCGCUUUUCUGAUAUUUUGAUGAAACCCUAUCCAUUUAGUGAGUUUGCUAGUCCAACAGAAAAGUAUUUCAAUUAUGUUCUUUCAAAGUGCAGAAGGGUUGUGGAGAACGCCUUUGGACACCUCAAAGCAAGAUUCAGAAGAAUUGGAAAGGGACUAGACAACCACAUUGAUAAUGUUAAUUUAAUUGUAAAAAGUGCUUGUGUCCUACACAACUUUUUAAAUGAGAGAAGUGACAAAAUUAACCUCAAUUGGCAAAAUCAAUUAAAGGAAUGGGAAGCCAAUAACGUCAAACCCCAACCAGAAUGGACCGCUUUGUUAACUGACAACGAUCCAACAUCUGAAAAUAUAAGAUCAGCCAUUGCUACAUUUUUAGCUGAACUUGUAUCGGGAACAUCUGGUGCAGAAGUUAAAGGCGUUUGUAUAGAAACUGGUAUGUUCGCACUGCUUGAACAUCGUAUGCAUGUUACUCAAGAAGAUUUUAAAAUGGCUGUCGCUAAAGUUAUGCAGAAGGGUUCAGAGAAGAACAUGUCUAUUAAGAAAUUAUGGAAGUAA